CUGGGCACAGACUCUGGAACUGUUAGAAGACAUUUUAAAAGUUUAUUUGCAUUGCUCAUCCUUCAAAAGCUUUGCCAGAAAUAAUGCGUUACAUCGCUGUCUUUGCCCUCCUCACGGCCUGUGCCUUGGCUGAUGAAUCCUAUUACUCCUUUUCUAAAUCUGUGGGAUCAGGAGGGGGCUUGUCGUACAGCGUGACUGGGGAGGGCAGAAUCACAGCCGUUAGAGUGUGGGAGCUCUACAGCAAUUACAUCUACGGCUUCCAGAUCCGCUAUGGCGUCCUUUGGUCUCCAGUUGUUGGCUAUGUGUCCGGCGAACCCAAUGAGAUAGAGCUAUUUGAGGGCGAAAGAAUCAUCCAAGUCUCUGGAAAGUAUGGUCACUACAUUCAGUCGCUGAUCUUUGCCACCAACAAGGGCCGCUCCCUCCAUGUCGGCCAGUCCUCAGGCAAUUCUUUUAACAUGUAUCCUACCCACCCAGACGCUGAGCUGCGGUUCCUUAGCGGCAGGGUGAGUGGGCCUCCCACUGCCCUCCAGGCCCACUGGGCCGUCCUUGAUACUGACAGUAGUGAGAAUAAUUAAGCAACUGUGAAGAAAAUCUGGGUGACAAUUUGCUGUGAUUUUCUCCUCUGUUGUAAAUAUUCUUCAUCUUUUAAAUCGGAUUGUGAAUGAUUUUUUUGUCUUUUAUUUGUAAAACAUUUAUCUGUUUACUUGAUGGUUUCUAUUUUGUCCCAUUUUAAUUUUGCUGUUUUCUGUGCAGUUUAAAAAAAUGAAUAGAUAUUAGUUUAGUAAGACUAACUUUUACAGUAGAAUGUGAUAUUUGGCAUUAAUAAAGUGAGAGAUUAUCUGUUUCUAUGUACUUUUAAUUUGAAGUAUAGUUUCAUCAAGUUCUAAAUCAUGGUUUUAUUAUUUCAUGGAAGCGUUUCAUUAAAUCUAUUCACAUCA